AUGCCCGAGACACCCCACCGUGAAGGGGAGAAACAGCCCCGAUCUCGCUAUCGUGCUGAUGGGCGGCGUCGCCGUACUGCUGGGGAGCUGAGGACGCGGGCCCCAUAUGUGCAAUUCUGGAAAGACGUCCAGGCUCGACAGAGGCAACGAGAUGAGCAUGCAGAAGAGGAGGCCCCAAGGCGCCACCACACUCAGCACUACCGCGUACAUACUGACGAUGGCCAACAGUCGCAGCGUGAUGAGAUGAAUGGGCAGCCCUCCUCCUCAGGAGGCCCCAGUCGGGCAGGGAGAGCAUCCAGAGGCUCAAGGGAGACCAGAGAUGGCCCCUGGAGGAACGGAGCCAGAAUGAGGAGGAUUGGUGGUAGUGGCCAGAAGAAUGGGAUGAUGAUGUCGGAGGCAAACGUGCGGAGCCAAGCGGCCCCUCCAGAGGAGCCUUGCGCGGAUCAGAUGGCAAGGCUGAGCAAGGUUGUCGACUUGCUGGAGCAGCUCGCUCACGCUGGACUUCCCACGCUCAUCAAUGCCUUUUACAGGUCAGGAUCCCUCCUGUGUCCACCACUACGCGCAGUCUACCGGGACGUAUCCAACUUCGGCUCCUUCAUGGAGGCGUUCACGGUGUGCAAUGCCAAGAAGCAUCCACGCCCAUCGUGGUACCAACAAUAUCAGCUUCUUGUGACCCUGAUUGCGGCGAUGACAGACACGUGCACCCCGGACACGUACGAUGCGCUCAUCAAGGUGAACUCCAACCCGGCGGAAUUCAUCCAUGUCUUCCGGACCCAUGCCGCACCAUCAUCUGGCACAGCUGCGGAGACGGCCCUCGGUGCUGUGGAGGACACCCCAAUGGCAGUGCUACCACUCAAAGCGGUGAGCAAACCACAAGAAGCCAGCACCAUCGACCACGAGACGGAGAGCUCCUCAGAUGAUGUGCAGGUGGUCACGCCGUGGGAGCCCGCCCAGUGCGCGGCGGCCCCUCGUGCGACAGCCGCCACAUCCGCCAUCAAGAUCGACUACAGAGGAGACAGGGACCAGGCAAUGGAUGCGUGCAAACGGCGCCCCAGAUCGUGUAUGGGGGGAGCGAGCCAGGGAGAUCUCCAAAGCCCUCACGCAGAUCCUCCGACACGCGGCGCCCAGAUUGGGCUGCACAUCCAGGCGGACGGCUACGUUGCUAUGGGAGACCUGCUACAGGCCCCACGCAUCUGGAACCAAUGGAUCAUUGAGGCUGAGAUCAUCGACGUAAUCCACUACAACCAGAAGAAUAGGUUCGAGGUCUCUUACUGCGACGGAGCAUACCUAGUGCGUGCCCGACAAGGCCACUCCAUUGAGCACAUCCAGAACGAGCUGAUCCUCACUCGCCUCACAGUCGACGACACUCCUGAAUUCGUUGCCCAUGGGACAUACUACGACUUCUACCAAAGCAUUGUACGUUACGGACUGAUGGCCGGAGGCAGGCAAGGACAAUCCUUCCGCCGUCAUGUACAUCUGGUUGAGCAGCUCCCAGGGUCGGAUGUCGUGUCGGGCAUGCGCAGCGACUGCGAUCUAGUGCUCUGGAUUAGCGUGCAAAGUGCAGCGGUCUCUGGCAUCACCUUCUACCGGUCGGCGAAUGAUGUCAUCCUCACGGAAGCCACCAUUGACCCGGCUUUCUUCCAUAGUGUUCAAAUCACGCGGAGCCUAGAGGUGUUGACCGCCGAUGGCGGUCCACCCCACCCGCAACAGGUUGCGCUGGCGAUUUCACGCGCUUCCUCGCGCGACGCACAGCGCCACGGGCAAUACAUGAGGGUUGUGCGUGCUCAUGCCACUGUGUCCCACCGUUUGAACUCUCUGCAUGCCUCCAGAACUCGCACACCUGUACCGCUGCCAUGCAGGUGA